AUGCAGCAGUUGGGGAAGACGGCGGAUGCCUUGCUGACUAAUAAUGAGGUGCCUGACUAUCCCCUGCUCGAAUUUCUGACCAGCUUCCAUCUUGAGUGUCUCCACAGCCGGCACAGGAUCGAAGCUGGGUGUGGAUUUCUCGAUCCUGGGAACGAUUGGUGGACGGUUGAUCUGUACCUCUCAGACCUGAACAUCAACCUGAAGACAUGCCUCAUCGAAGAAUACUCCAAUGAGGAGAAGCCCUCAGAUGGCGAGAUCUACUACAAGAUGCAGCGCUACCAUUUCCUGCAGAAUUUCAGCUUUGAAAUGCGGUGGAAGGCGCUCCUGCGAGGCAAGCGGCAGCAGUACCUGCUGAUGCUCACCCGUAAUGAAGCAAUGACAGCGGCAUUCGAUGACUUGCUCGACAUCCCAGGUCUCUGGGGCGGGAUGAAGAUCACUACGCUGCACAAAAUGAUGGCUCUGAAGUGUGAUACGGAACUCUUACACUACCUCCGCCGCAUCAAGCAGGUCUGGUCCGAUCUAGCUUUAGAGCUGAAGGCACCACGAGCGUCAAAAGCGAACGCGGAGUUCCUCCACAUUCGAGUGUGUGGGGGGGAGGUAGAGUGCGUUGAGGGCUUAAUUCCAUCUCUCGCGACCUUCUUCAAAGACAUCGGGUACUUGGAGCGCCUCACCAACUGCAUCAAGCGGCUAACGGGCGACAAUGUCCAGAUCUCUCAUGCCUUCAAGCAACUAUUCUCCCCUGUUGAUCAAAAAGACAGCCGCAUACGGAUCACGGACGGCCAGGCUAAGAUUCAGGUCGCCGAGAAUGCUUUUGUGUACGGGCAGGGAAUGCGCAGAGACCAAGUCGAUCUCGGGUACUGGCAGAUCACUGCGUAUGCCAUGCGGCACUUCGCGGAUAUGCCAAAGGAACCAGUGAAGGAGGACCGCGUGAUGCAACCUGCAGCGAUGGCAGAUCGAGCUGUCCUCCGCCGCUUCGCUGACUUGGCUGACCAGCUGGGGUUUACCGGCCCCAGGAUAAAGCAUUUGCAGCAGUACCCAGCUGCACUCGCCGAGCAAGCCCCACCAUCGGAGCAUCCUCCCCUCAUUACAUCGGGAUCUGGGUGGGGAUAG